AUAGCAGAGAAACCUAGGCUGUCUGUAGCAAGCAGAGGUUUUUCUCCACUCUGUCUCUGCUGCACUGCUUUUCUCCACCCUCUGCCGCUGCACGCCUUCAUCACCACUCAUAGCCGCACACUGCCAUCCAAAGCUUCAAAUCAAUCAGGUAGUAGUAGAAACAUGGAAGUAGCUGAAGUUGAAGGUGAUCAUGUUCCAUCAGUAGUUCCAGAGCUCCCAAGUGAAAUCAUAUGGUUUCUUAUACUGCCACGGCUACCAGCUAAGUCUCUGAUGCGGUUCAAGUGCGUUUGCAAGUCAUGGUCCUCUCUCAUCUCCGGUAACCCUACAUUUCUUGGUGUCCACCGAAACUUGCGCUGCAACAACAGCAGGUACACUCACCUCCUCCUCAAUGUCUUUGACCGCGACACAGGCCACGACCACUUGCUAUCCGUCCAAAUCAACCAAGAUGGAGAUGGAGAUGGAGAUGGAGAUGGAGAUGGUAGUACCUCACCUGCCACCCACCUUCUAACACUGUCCCCUGACUAUCAUCUCUAUGAUUAUCAGUGUACUAAUGGCCUGUUUUGUAUUUUUUACUUUGCUAAACCGGUAGCCACUAAAACCCACCAUGAACAUGACCCCGAGGACCACGUUCAUAUAUUUAAUCCCUCCACCGGAGAGUCGAUCAUUCUCCCCCAUACUUCACUGUCCAAAUACACACUCCAGAUUAAAGGCCACUUUGGGUUCAGUCCUUUUACAAACGAGUAUAAGCUUCUCCAAGUCCAAUUGUGCCAUGAUUGGACUUCAAAUCUCUUUAGUUUAAAGCUCGAGAUUUUGACUUUGGGUUCUGAUUCAUGGAGGUGCAUUGAGGUAGACCUCGAUCAGCUCCCUUUUAAUCCCCUUUCUUCCCACUUGUAUGGGGAAAGUGUGUGCCUUCAUGGAGCCCUACAUUGGAUAUAUCAAGAUGGUGAGGAUAGGAGUAGGAUAGUGGUAUUUGACCUUGGAGAGGAGAGAUUCAGGGUCAUCACAACUCCUGAAGAUGAUGGUAGUGAUCCCUGUUGGACAAUUGCUGAAGUGGGUGGACGUCUAGCUCUAAUGGAUGACAAGGAUGCGAUGCCACAGAAAUUAAUGUUGGAGUUAUGGAUUUUGAAGGACUACCAAAAUCAAGUGUGGGCUAAAGAGACUAUCAAUUUUCCCUCUCAUUGGCGGGAGUCGACGUACCAUCAUUUGAAUUCUUUACGUACAAUUCACACAGGUGAGCUUUUCAUUCAAUCUUCACCAGAAGUACAGGCAUCUCAUCAUUUCUAUGAUAUGAAGAGUAAUCGUUUUUAUAAAAGUUCAAUUGUUUUGCCUGAUUUGAUAUGGCGGAAUGAUGGUGAUGCUCGGUUGGGCUUAAUUACUAGUUAUCGUGAAACCCUUGCCCGCUUAAGAUUAUAAUUCAUGAGAAUGGAGUGGAAUAGCAUUUCAUUUCGUUUCAUUAUUGUAAAACAUAAUUAAUGGGUUGAUUCUUGUGCACGA